UGAAGUGCAGGGGAACUUGUCACAAAGGGUGAAGAAAAGUACGUCGGGCAUAUUGAGGACGGGCUGGUGGAUUAGAAUAGCCAGAACCACUUUUUCCAAAGACUUCUGUGCCAAUCUCCCCAAGAAAAUUGAAGGUGACGACAGUGAUCCUCAUUCCUGAGAUCUGGUCGCGAGCUCCCUGUGAUCUUGUUCCCGUCCCCCUCUUUCUUGCACCAUCCAGAUCGACACAGUCGCUCACUCCAAAAGAUGUCGAAACCCCCUUCAAAGUCUGUCUUCGUGGGGAACAUCCCCUAUGGCCUCACCGAAGAGCAGAUCGUCGAUAUCUUCAGCAGCGCAGGCAAGGUCGUCUCCUUCCGACUUGUCUAUGAUCGCGAAACUGGCCGGCCAAAAGGCUUCGGAUUCGCAGAAUACCCAGACGCAGAUUCAGCAGCAUCCGCAGUACGGAACCUCAAUGACUUCGAGAUCAUGAAUCGAAAACUGCGCGUGGACUUUUCAAACGAUGGCGGGGAUGACGAAAACUCCACACCAUCAAACUACCAACACACGCCCCUCCCCUCCAACGGGCUCUCCAACCCGCCUCCCCAACCUAACACCUCCACCCUCCCCCCUCUCCCCAUCGGCGUCGACCUCCCUCCGGGCCUCAACUGCCCCGACGCCAUCUCCCGCACGCUGAACACACUCCCCCCCGCCCAACUCCUCGACGUGCUCUCGCAGAUGAAGACCCUAACCUCCACCGACCCCGCCAAAGCGACCGAGCUCCUGCACCAAGCUCCGCAGCUCUCCUACGCCAUCUUCCAAGCCCUCCUCCUCAUGGGUCUCGUCUCCACCGACGCCCUCGCCUCCGUCGUCGACGCCGCCCAGCCCCAACAACCUCCUCCUCCUCCUCCUGCUGCCGCUUAUGGAUACCCCCCCGGAUACCCCCCGCCGCCGCCCCAUAUGAGCGGCCAGCUGGGCAUGCAGAUGGGCACGCCGCCCGUGCAGAACCCCGCGUAUGCGCCCCCGCCCGCGCGCGCCCCGCCGCCACCCCAGCCCCAGGCACUCCCCGAUUCCGACGCCCUCAUGCAGCAGGUCCUGGCUAUGCCGCAGGAGCUGAUCGAUAGUCUGCCGCCCGCCGAUAGGGCGCAGUUGAUGGCGCUGAGAGCUAGUUAUGGACGGUAGGAAAGGAGGGAGUGGGCGAGUCUAUCUGUCUGUCUGUCUGUCUUGUACUAUUACGUGAUUUCCCAUUCUUUUUUCUUUCUUCUCCGUGGGGGGUUUGCGAUUGGGAUGAUGGGAGUGGAAAGAUGCGAGAAUGGGGAUUAUUCUUGACGACUUGGGCACAGAAAGGUUGCUUUUCGUGCGCGUCACAAAGCUCUGCAAGUCAAGUCAUGGCGUUUCAUAUCUCUUUUUUCUUUCCGGGCGUGUAAGGCUAAGAUAUACGUACGGGUAGCAGGGAAAGCUACUAGACUAAAAAUGCUACUUGCUGCUAGUAUCCAGAAAUAAAACAAAAAAGUUUCUUGAAUCAAAGACCAAG